CAGCUGUUUAGGGCCUUUCACGAGGAUCUAGACGUUGAAGUGAUAUGCCAUACUCUGCAGGAGAUACCAACUCCUGUUCAAUAUCCUUGCGUUGGCAGACGAAGCUACACCUAUGUUUGGACUUGCUUGUCAUAAAUGUAGCAAACUCCUCCUUGAGGUGGAGCCUACAAACCCGGUUGCAUCGAGUAUGGCUACGGGAAUCGCAAGGAGGAACAUGAUACUUCUCAAGCCAUACUCGGAGGGCCGAUUUAAAAGAGAUAGUUCCGAAGCCGAGAAAAUCACCAUAACAGACUGUGUCUUUUUCUCAUUUCUGUAGUUCUCAAAGGAACUGUAUGGGGUCGAUCUGGUAGCGGAUUCGGAGUUGAGAAAUCUGAGGAGGUUCUAUGAUACGUUUAAGGAGAGGGACAGCGCUAAGGUCCCGGAGGACUUUUAUCCUCGGUAUAUUAAGGAGCUUGCUACUAUCUGGUUGGGGUGAUGGUUGUGGUAGACGGGGUAUGUAAGGAUGAUAUAUAGAAGAAUUACACAAGAAUGGAAAUAAUCGGUAUACGUGUCUACAGGCUCGAGCAAGUUAACAUUAGACCCGAGAUUUAAGAUGGAUCGGCAC